UUGCUGACUUGUGGGCCAUGGUGAAGCAAAUGACAGAUGUUCUGCUGGUUCCCGCAAGUGACACAUUGAAAAUACGGACGAGCAUGGAGGUGCAGAUGGAGUUCGUAAGGCAGGCCUUACAAUAUCUUGAGCAAAGCUACAAGAACUAUACCUUGAUGACGGUCUUUGGAAAUUUGCACCAAGCCCAACUGGGCGGAGUACCUGGGACCUACCAGUUAGUCCGCAGUUUCUUGAACAUCAAACUCCCAGUGUCUGUUCCGGGGCUGCAGGACGGGGAAGUGGAAGGUCAUCCUGUCUGGGCCAUCAUUUACUAUUGCAUGCGAUGCGGGGACUUAAUGGCAGCCAUGCAAGUGGUCAACCUAGCUCAGCACCAGCUGGAGAUUUCAAAACUUGGUUCCAGGAGUACAUGCACAGCAAAGACACAAGGCUUUCUCCUGCCACCGAGAACAAAGUUCGCCUCCAUUACAGACGGGCUCUGAGAAAUAACACGGACCCUUACAAAAGAGCUGUGUAUUGUAUCAUAGGCCGGUGUGAUAUUGCCGAUAACCACAGUGAAGUUGCAGAUAAAACGGAAGAUUAUCUUUGGCUGAAGCUGAAUCAAGUGUGCUUUGACGAGAACAGUUCUAGCGCACCGCAAGACAGGCUGACUUUGUCCCAGUUCCAGAAACAACUGCUUGAAGA